CUGGGCUCAGGUGUGCUGAGUUACUCUGAUAAGUGUACUGCAGAGGAGGAGCACAUGUAAGACACACCUCCGAGAUUAAUUCAGGAAAAAGCUACAUGACACUACAGGGGCAUCACAUCAAGGUGUUGUGGUUCUGGAUCAGGACCUAGUCCAGUGUGGUGAACAGGGACCUUGUGUCCAUAACUUCCCUUUAACAGCCGAAUCGGAAGUGAUGAAUGAGACUCUAACUUCAUCCUGGUCUGUGGUGUGGAUCUGUUGGCUCGGUGCUGGCCUCUAGCGGUCUGAGCACGACGUACAGCGGCUGUACGACACUUCUCGUCGGCUACGGGAUCCAUAUGCUUGUGAAAGCGAGGUUUAACAAAGCAAUGGGAACUUCGUCAAACGUGCUGCUAAGAGCCUAAAACACACCAGCAACUAAACGCUUUAGUGGAACCGUAUAUAGUAUCCAGCCCCCCCGGUUGUGGACUGCGUGUCAACUGAGAAAAAGGAGCGAUGGACCCGACAGACACAGCCCCGGAUUCGUGGGAGCUAGAGGAGGAUGCCGAGGCCCCGGCUGCCGCGGCGGGGCUCCAGAGCGCCUUCGCCGCCCUUAACGUCAACGCCAAGCCGUUUGUCCCCAACGUGAACGCCCCGGUGUUUGUCCCGAGCUUCCUCGCAGGCGGCGCCGUGGAGAUCCCUGCUUCAGACGGUGCCCCUGAUGCAGCAGCCAGCAUGGAGGUGGCAGAAACAGCCGGUAUGCAUCCGCUCUGUAGUCCAGGCACCGCAUGGAACAGCUCUUACAUGACUAGUCUUAGUGUCGUUGUGCAGUCCCUCCCCUCAGUCUGGUUCUAG